UUUUAGGGAGACAUAGUCUUGCUCUGUUGCACAGGUCAUCUAUGAACUCCUGAGUUCAAUCUAUUAUUCUUCUUUAGACUCCUGAGUAGCUGGGACUGCAGACUUAUGCGACAGAGCCCAGCUCUAAGAUAAUUUUACUGCAAAGAAAACAUGAUUUUGCUUACCUUCAUGUCCUUAUCCAGUUGAGAGCACUUGGUAAGAACUUGUUCAUGCUCAUAUUGCAGAAAAGUGGGAUAUGGAUGGAGGCAACCAGAGUGAGAACUCUGAAUUUCUACUCAUAGGGCUUUCAGAGGUUCCUGAGCAGCAACAGAUCCUGUUUUGGAUGUUCUUGUCCAUGUACCUGGUCACACUGAUGGGAAAUGUGCUCAUCAUCCUGGCCAUCGCCUCUGACUCCCGCCUUCACACUCCCAUGUACUUCUUCCUGGCCAAUCUCUCCUUCACUGACCUCUUCUUCAGCACCAACACAAUCCCCAAGAUGCUGGUGAAUCUUCAGUCCCAGAACAAAGCCAUCUCCUAUGCAGGGUGCUUGACCCAGCUCUACUUCCUGGUCUCCUUGGUGGCCCUGGACAACCUCAUCCUGGCUGUGAUGGCAUAUGAUCGCUAUGUGGCCAUUUGCCACCCUCUCCACUACACAACAGCCAUGAGCCCUAAGCUCUGUAUCCUGCUCCUCACCUUGUGUUGGGUCCUAUCUAUCUUCUAUGGUCUCAUCCACACUGUCCUCAUGACCAGAGUGACAUUCUGUGGUCCUCGCAAGAUUCACUACAUCUUCUGUGAGAUGUAUGUCCUACUCAGGCUCGCGUGUUCCAACACCCAAAUCAAUCACACAAUGCUAAUUGCCACAGGCUGCCUCAUCUUCCUCACUCCUUUUGGGUUCCUGAUCAUGUCCUACAUCAGUAUCGUCAGAACCAUUCUCAGAAUACCCUCAGCCUAUAACAAGUACAAAACUUUCUCUACCUGUGCUUCACAUUUGACUGUGGUUUCCCUCUUCUAUGGUACACUUGAUAUGGUAUAUCUGCAGCCCCUCCAUACCUACUCCCUCAAGGAUUCAGUAGCCACAGUGAUGUAUGCUGUGGUGACUCCCAUGAUGAACCCUUUCAUCUACAGUCUGAGGAACAAGGACAUGCAUGGGGCUCUGGGAAGACUCCUAAGGAAACCCUUUCGGAGGUAAAUGUGAGGGUAAUUUGGAAAAGAAGCAAUGAAGUGGAGACUGAGAAUAUUCUUCACCAUAUGCAAGUCAUUAUCCUAUGUGUUUGUUAUGCAGCAGUAAUUAUGACAUAGCUUCAGCUGAGAAUGAGUAUAUAUCUGUGGUGGUGACAGGACAUGUAAGUGUAGCCAGUGUUCCCAGAUCUCACUACCCUUGAUAAUAAAUAAGUUCACACUAAUACUAGUACUAGAAUUUUUCAGUAUCAAACUUUUCAACUCACCUGGACCAUAUUCAGCCCCUUCUGACAAUCAGGAGAUGGUCAACAAUGGAUUUCAGCAGCAGCCCACAAUCCUGAGAACAGGCUUCCCCUUGUCCUCAGCAGCUGGCUGGCCUGCACAUUCCUCUUACAGCAGCCCUACCCACCUGUAAACUGCAACUGGCCCACCUAGAAUGUUAUCUUAUAAAGGUUCAAUGAGCUACACAAGAACACAGAUAUAUAACUACACAAGAUCAGGAAACAAAUGCAUGAACAAAAUGUGAAGUUCAACAAAUGUAUCAUAAAAGGGAACUAAACAUAAUUGAGAGUUACAUAAUAAAAUAACAGGGGCCGGGGAUUUAGCUCAGUGGUUCCGGCACCUGCCUUGCAAGCGCAAGGUCCCAAGUUUGAUCCCCAGUACCAAAAAAAAAAGUCACUAUAAAAUAACAGAAGUGAAAUAAAUUGAUAAAGAGCUUCAAGAACAGACUAGAUCAAGCAGAAAAAAUGAGCUAACUCAAAAACAGGUUAUUUUUAAUUAUCCUGUUGGAGAAAUAAAAAGAUAAAAUGAAAGAGUAAAGAAUAUUUAUGGGACUUAGAGGAUAACAGUAUACAGAGUAUGAAGUUUCAGAAUAAGAGGAGAAAUGGGAAGGAGCACUACUUUUAUUUUUUUAAAUAAUGCUAGGAGUGACACCCACAACAUGGUGAAAAAGAGGUCUCAGUGCCUCCCACCCCACAACGCCACAAACACAGAAGUUCACCUCACAGCUGUCCCCAGGUAAGAGCACCUCAGUUAAAUAAAUAAAUACUCAAAACUCAGGAAAAGGCCUCAGACAUCAAAUGGACCACAGUACCUAAAAAAAAAACUGCAUUAGAAGAGUAAGAGAAAUGGUUUCACUUUACAAAAAUCAUCCAUUGUCCUCCCUCAAGUUGGCAAAAUGCCGUCAAGAUAGUAUUUUCCCAGACUUACAAUUAUUUACAAGAGAAAAGAGAACUAAAGGCAGACAUCCAACUUCCCUAGCCUUCCAAGAUGACUCUCAGGAAGCCCACUUGGGUGUCACUUCAUGGGGAGCCAUUGGAGCAGUGGCAUAGCUACACUGCCUGGGGUCAGACAAAAACAGAUAGGAGGCAUUGUUCUCAGCAGUGUCAGAUUCUGGUGGCAGCUCUGUGUUAUGGCCAGUGGAGGUGCCCAUUAUGAGGUACCAGUAGUAUAGCCCACUCACAAUGCUGAACAGGUUGCCCCAAAAGCAUAGUGCAAAUUUCAAUCUGACAUAAGUCUCUACACAGCCUCUAUGGCCAGCCUCAGACCCCAUUCCAGGGCCCACCCAAAGAGAGUCACAAAGCAUUUCAGCAAAGCGCAGGAGGCAAGACUUGUGCCAAGGGAUCAUUCAAACAGUGGCUCAGCACAAUCUCAAAGCUGAUCCUAAGACCUUGUUCAGGGAGCAAGAUGUCAUAGCACUUCCUGUCAAAUCACAGGGGCUAGAUCUGUACCACUUGGGCAUUCAAACAAUGGGUCAACUUAGCCUCAAACCCCACCCAAAAUAAAACACCCAGGGAGGGAGAUGCCUACCACACAGUCUUUUAGCAAAACACAGGGCCAGACUUAACACCACCCAGUAGUUCAUACCAUGGCUUGGUUCAGCCUCAAAGCCUCAAAGCCCAUCCUAAGCUUCUACUCCCACAGGGAGACAAUCCUCAACUGAGUAUAGCAGUUGGUCCCAACCAUCCUGAGAAAAACUUGGCCUGACCUUGAGACCCAUUCUGCACCCAGCCCAACUGCAGAACUCAAGUAGUAGAUCUGGGCAGGGAAUAGACCCUGUGUUCCCAUCCAGUUAGAGGUGAUCACGGUGCUCAGCCAGCAGCUUUGCCUGACUGCAGAGCCCAGCCAGUAGUCUAAUUGGAAAGUGGAUCCUAGCCCCAUCUCAACCUCAGAGUAAAGGUUUAGGCUCAGGGCAUGAGAGAAACCUGACAAUAAGUUCUGCCUUUCCCGUGUCAUUGCUACAUCCUGGCCCAUCCAGAAUCACUGCUAGGUUUUAUAGUGAAGGUUAGGUUUCCAACACUGAGCACCUAGGAGGCCCUGGAGGGCCUGGUACUGCAGCUGAGAUCCUGGCUGGGACUAGCUCCGCUGAAGGGUUGGAGGGGGCGGCCCACAUGGCCUUCUCACUCCCCAUCUAGGACGCUCCUCCGGCGUCCCGCUUGGGUCACGGCUGAGUAUCCAAGGAUCCUUUCUCCAGCCCAAGGAAAGACACAGCUUCCGCCGUUUUCUACAGGUUGGGAGUGUGUUGAUUCCCAAAGUCCACUCCAAGACCGGCUGUUUCCCUGGAAAAUUGUGAACUUCGUCCAGCCCUGUUUCUGCGCUGGAGAGGCAUCUGGGACUCCUAGCAGCGUACUACACGCCACCACAGAAGUCGGCUCUGGAGACCCAGAACCCCAGGUGCCCCCAGUUCGCGCUCCAUGGAGGGAUUGACCGGAGAGGCACACCCACUCGGGCUGAUAGCCAAUAAGGAGAUAGGAAAGGCGGGCCUCCUUCAGAAUCAGCCAAUGAAAAGCGAAGAGUGCUUGACGCUAAAAUUACCCUCCCCGGCUGCCACCCGCAGUCUUUCUCGUCUAGCAGGUUGCGUGCGCCAUCCAGUGGCCGCCGAACCCGGAUAUCAAGCGUCUUAGAAAUAAAAUUUAAAUUUAGCUGUUGUAAAAUUCGUAGCGUUCUCCAAUUUCAGAAAGAAUGAUCCUCUCCGCCCACUAGAGAAAGAAAUGGUACCGGGCCUCCAUUCUUCCUUACACUCAUUCCUUCCCAUGAAUGAACCUGUUGCCUAGGUUCUCUCCUGCAAAAAUUCUAAAUGAAAUAUCAGCAGGUAAUUUCAGGAGUACAUUAAAAGAGCAAUAAACGUCGACAGUGGCCUAUCGGCGGUUAGACGACCAGUCAUUGGACAAAAUUCGACAUUUUUUAUUUUUAAAACAAAUUCUCAGUAAACUAGGACUUAACACAAUUUAAUCAAGACUCAGAACCACAGCGAAUCUCACCCUGUGUGAAACACAAGAAGCAUUCUUAUAAAUCAAGAUGGAUACAAACACCCCUGCUCUCUCUGGUUUUCAAAUUUUGGAGAGCCUGGGCAAGAUGUAACACCUUAAAGGGGGCAGGGUAAAACCGAGACAGGGUAAAAACAAUAUAUUACUUCAGGUGAAAUAAUUAAUACUUGAAAAUCAAAAAACAUUAAAAACUAGAGAAUUCAGUAACUUAUCUGCAAGAAGGAUAUAUUUGUGUGUGAAAUGUUUAUAACAGUAUACAGAAAAUAAAUAUACAAAGAGGAAGGAAGGAAGAAGGAAGGAAGGAAGGAAAGAGAGAAAGAAAGGAAAGAAAGAAAAAGAAAGAAAGAGAGGAAGAAAGAAAGGAAGAAAGAAAGAAAGAAAGAAAGAGAAAGAAAGGCUAUAGUUUUCUUAUAUGCUGGCAUCAAAACACUUAAAAUGUGUUGUGGAGGAAAUGAAGAGCUCAUUCACUGGAGGAAGAAAGGCAAAUUUUUAUUAUUUUAUUAUUAUGCAGAUGACAUGAUCACAUGCUUUAAAACACAAAAAGUCUAUUGAAACUUAUUAGUAGCAAUAAGAGAAUAGAAUGAUUGGCUGUGUGCAAAAUCAAUAUACAACAAUUAAUAGCCUUUCUGUAUACAAAAAGUCAAGUAGAAAAUACAAUGAAAGAAAAUAUCUCAUAUAAUAGCAGCAAAAAAGGAAAAGCAACUAAGAAUAAAUAAGAAAUCUCCAUUUUCUUCUAUAGACUGUUGGAAUACAUUUUUUAAAAAGAAACUUUCAAAUAAUAGAAAGCUAUAACCCUGCUUGUAGAUAGGAAGGGUCAAUAUAAUAUAGAUGUCAAAUCUCUUUAAAUUAAAAAAAAAACAUUUUUGGUAUCGGGGAUCAAACUCAGGACCUUGCUCUUGCGAGGCAGGCGCAGGAACCACUGAGCUAAAUCCCCAACCCUUAAAUUAAAAUUUUAAUGUGACCCUAAUAAAAAUUUUAAAAAGACAUUUGGGAACUAGAAAAGUUGAUCUUUAAAAUUAUAUAAAAUUAUAAAUUUGCAAUGAAAUCAGAGAAAUAACAAAAUUUCCCUAGUCAGAUAUCAAAAUUGAAAAGAUCACAUGUCCAAAACAAUGAAAAAGGUUAAUUUACACCAAGAUAUAUCAUCAUGAAAUUUUAUAUCAACUUUAUUUCAGAUUCUAAAUACUUCCAGAAAAAAAAUGACCAAUUACAAAAGCUCAAGAAUCAGAAUUAUAGGGCCAGGGAUUUAGUUCAGUGGCACUGCGCCUG